GUAUCGGACUGUAUGCAGACGCUAUUCCGCGGCAACUCGCUCGGCAGCAAGGUCAUGGCGUUCUGCUUCAAGAUAUACGGCCAUGAGUACCUUCAGGGCUUGCUGGAGCCAUUGGUGUUGACGCUGUUGGAUCAGUUCGAUGGCCAGACUGAUUUUAGCUUCGAAGUUGACCCCGCUAGACUGGACCCGAGCCAAGACAUCGAAGUGAACCGCACCAAUCUGAUCGAACUCACCAAAGAGGUGUUCGAUCGCAUCGUCAACUCUGCGGACAAAUUCCCUCCGCAGUUGAGGAGCAUGUGCCACUGUCUUUACCAGGUACUCAGCAAGCGGUUCGCUCAGUUCCCACAGACAAGCGUGGGUGCUGUUGGCACCGUUUUAUUCUUGAGAUUCAUCAAUCCAGCUAUUGUGUCUCCCCAAGAGAUGGGCAUUGUCAGCCGUCCUGUGCCAGCGAAACUGAAGCGUGGCCUGAUGCUGAUGUCUAAAAUACUUCAGAACAUCGCGAACCACGUGGAAUUCUCUAAGGAGCAACACAUGCUGCCUUUCAACGACUUCCUGCGGGCGCACUUUGAGACUGGACGAAAGUUCUUCAUCCAAAUAGCCUCUGACUGCGAAAGCGUAGACCAGACAUCCCAUAACCUGUCCUUCAUAACCGAUGCCAACGUGGUCGCCCUACACAGACUGUUAUGGAACCAUCAGGAGAGAAUAGGGGAUUAUCUCUCUUGCAGUAGAGACCAUAAGGCAGUGGGAAGGAGGCCUUUUGAUAAGAUGGCAACACUCCUUGCGUACCUGGGACCACCAGAACACAAGCCUGUGGAGUCUAGUUCCGGCUUACUCUUCUCCUCAUACGCCCGCUGGUCCUCAAUCGACAUGUCCUCGACCAACUUCGAGGAGUUCAUAGUGAAGCACAACAUGCACGAAAAGGAAGAGUUCAAGAGCAUCAAGAGCCUGAACAUAUUCUACCAGGCGGGCACCAGCAAGCUGGGCAACCCCGUGUUCUACUUCAUCUCCAGGAGAUAUAAGAUCGGCGAAGUGAACGCAGACCUGCUGAUCUACCACGUGAUCCUGACUCUGAAGCCGUUCUGCCAGCAGCCUUUCGAGCUGAUAGUAGACUUCACGCACACCAACUCGGAUAACAGGUUUAGGACUGACUUCCUUCAGAAAUGGUUCACCGUACUACCGGAGGUGGCGUAUAUAAAUAUACACGCCUGCUACAUAUACAACUGCAACAGCUGGGUUAGGGAAUAUACGAAGUUCCAUGACACCAUAUUGGCACCGUUGCGGGGCAACCGAAAGCUGGUCUUCAUAGACAACCACAGCCGUCUCAGCGAGUUUGUGGAUGUUGAACAACAGAAGCUUCCCGGAGCGACGCUGGCGUUGGAAGAGGAUCUCAAAGUGUUCAGCAAUGCUCUGAAACUGUCUCAUAAGGACACUAAAGUUGCUAUCAAGGUGGGACCCACGGCGCUUCAGAUUACCUCGGUGGAGAAGACCAAAGUACUGGGCUUGCCAGUCCUGUUGAAUGAUGUGUACUACGCAUCGGAAAUCGACGAGGUGUGCCUAGUGGAUGACAAUCAGUUCUCUCUCUCAAUCAUCAACGAAGGAACGCCUCUGAGCUUCAUACACAAUGACUGCGAUAACAUAGUGCAGUCCAUCAUACAUAUCAGGAACAGAUGGGAGUUGAGCCAGCCGGACUCAGUGACGGUCCACCAGAAGAUUCGCCCCAAAGAUGUGCCGGGAACGUUGCUCAACAUGGCUCUUUUGAAUCUCGGCUCAUGCGACCCCAACCUUCGGACGGCGGCCUAUAACCAGCUCUGUGCGUUAACUACCACCUUUCAUUUGAAGAUUGAGGGACAGCUCAUGACAUCGUCGGGCUACGGUCUUUGCAUCCCGUCAAACAAUACCAUCUUCAUCAAAUCCAUCAGUGAGAAACUGGCGCACAACGAACCGCAUUUGACUUUGGAGUUUUUGGAAGAAUGCAUUCAGGGCUUCAGGGGAUCUACGAUUGAACUGAAGCAUUUGUGUUUGGAGUACAUGACUCCAUGGCUAGCCAAUAUGGUCAGAUUCUGCAAGCCGACCGACGAGUCCCGUCGGCAGAAGCAGGUGGCCCAAAUCCUGGAGAAACUCAUCACCCUCACUAUAGAGGAGACGGAAAUGUACCCAUCGGUCCAGGCCAAGAUAUGGGGCUCCAUCGGGCAGGUGUCCGAGCUAAUUGACAUGGUGUUGGAUAGCUUCAUACAGCGGAGCGUCAACUCGGGCCUCGGUUCCCCAAUGGUGGAGAUAAUGGCCGACACCGCGGUGGCGUUGGCUUCAGCCAACGUGCAACUGGUCAGCAAGAAGAUCAUCGGCCGGGUGUGUCGGGUGGUGGACAAGACCUGUCACGCACCUACUGCGAUGCUGGAGCAGCAUAUGAUGUGGGACGACAUCGCUAUACUGGCCAGAUACCUGUUGAUGCUGUCCUUCAACAACUGCCUCGACGUGGCUCGCCACCUGCCAUACUUGUUCCAUACCGUGACGUUCCUCGUGUGCUCCGGGACGGUGUCCAUGCGCGCCGCCACUCACGGGCUCGUGGUCAACAUCAUACACUCGCUGUGCACCUGCACGUCGCCGGGCUUCAUUGAGGAAACCCGUCGCCUCCUCAACCUGUCCUUGGAGGAGUUCUCUCUCCCGAAGUUCUACCAGAUGUUCGGGAUCUCCAACGUCAAGUCGCCCGCAGUGACCGCUUUCAGGAGCCCCUACAACAAUAGACAUACUGAUUGCCGCUUCGGCGACCACGGCCACGCUGCCUGCACUGACUCCACGUCAUCAUCAUCGGCUUCCGCUCCGCUAGCCCUGGGCUCAAGCACGCACACAGACAGGGAACGUCUACCACUACAGUCGCUGGAGACAAUCACUGAUGCGCUGCUAGAAGUCAUGGAGAUAUGCAUGAGGGACAUACCGAACUGCGACUGGCUGCAGACGUGGACGGCGCUCGCCAAGAGUUUCGCUUUCUGCUUCAAUCCAGCGCUGCAGCCGCGGGCCUUGAUUGUAUUUGGAUGCAUCAGUAAGAACGUGUCCGACAACGAAAUGAAACAGCUGCUCCGUAUAUUAGUGAAAGCGUUGGAAUCUUUCAACGAUCUGGCGCUGCUGGAAGCACUCAUUAUGUGCCUGACUCGACUGCAGCCGCUGUUACACCCUGAAUCUCCAAUCCACAAGGCACUGUUCUGGGUGGCUCUAUCCGUGCUACAACUGGACGACCCCACGUUAUACGCCGCUGGCUUAGCGUUGAUGGAACAGAACCUCCAUACUUUGGACUCGCAGGGACAGUUUGAGAACAAGACGCUGGAACAAGUGAUGAUGGAAACCAGGGAACCUCUGGAGUGGCACUUCAAGCAAUUGGACCAUGCUGUUGGACUAAGUUUCCGUUCGAACUUCCACUUCGCUCUCGUGGGCCACUUGAUCAAGGGCUACCGGCACCCUGUAGCUGGCACCGUGUCCCGCACGUGCCGCGUGCUGCUCGCGCUGCUGGCUAUCACGUCGCAUCCGCACGCGGACAAGUUCCACGUGGCUGCCGAUACUGUGGCCUACUUGACGGCGCUAGUGUGUGUGAGCGAGGAAGUGCGAUCGCGGUGUCACGUCAAGUUCUCGCUGCCAAAAUGGCUGCCUGACAACUGUGACCACUACUGUCCUACCGGCGAUCACCAACUAUCGAUGUCGGCGCCAUCAAAUACGUCUACCCACUCGGUGUGCAGCCGCCGCCAGAAGUCAUGGGAUAUACUGGACCAAGUUGCCAUCACUUCGGCGCAUGGGGGCAAGUCCCCCACCAUGCAGCAAUCAGGCAGCGGGGGCCACUCGCCGCACCUGAGCGCGAUGGGCCACCAGGACAGCGAAGGGCGCGCGCAUAGUAUGCAACACGGCGCUACUGGAGACGCGGCGAGGUCCGAACAGGGAGGCGAUGAUAAUGGGAUCGAGGUGGUAGAAGACGACGGCAGGAUAUCACCAGGCAGCACGGAUGACGCCACCGACCGGCCCUCAUCCACCAAGUCUGGAGACAGCGACUACCCUGAGACCUGCAUCAAGCAAGGGUCAACGGACAAGGACACCACAUCGAGCCCAGAGAGCAACUGCCUGUUAGACCCGUCUGUUUUGUCCGACUUCACGACGCAAGCCCUUGUGCUGACCGUACUAGCCACUCUAGUCAAGUAUACCACAGAUGAAGAUGAAAUCCGAAUCCUGUACCAAUACUUAGCUGAGGGAUCUGUGGUGUUCCCCAAAGUAUUUCCCGUCAUACAUAGCUUACUGGACAUGCGUAUAAACCACGUGUUGACUCACUGCAGCGACCAAGUCAUACUCAGCGCUGUGCAGAGUAUUAUUCAGAACAUGCUGGCUUCCGAAGAUGCGAGCCAACAGCAACUUCAUUACAUGCAGAGUUGCGGCUUCGGCGGACUGUGGCGGUUCGCUGGACCUUUCACGAAGAACCAAUGCACAGCCGAGAGCAGCGAGCUAUUCGUGAACUGCCUCGAGGCCAUGGUGGAGACCUGCCUGCCCGGCGACGAGCCGCUCGUGCGCCCGCCGCCGCCCGACCCCGACCCCAAGGACGACCCGCACCGGCUCGCUGGUGUGCACCGCCAGCCGACCAUAUACUGUUCCGGUCAAGACACUUAGUUCAAAGAAUCCUUAAAAGAUACAAAGGUAUGACGCCCCUCCAGUCACCAUAAGAAGUGGAAUAGCUGUAUACGACGCUGUUUCGAACCAAAUUCAUCCUCAUCUUCUUCAUAAGAAAACUGGGGCGUGGCCGAUGUAUCUAACAACCUAUUUUGAACCAUAUUAUUAACAGCAUAGCGUUGCUGUCAGUUCAAAAUGACGUAUAUGUCAAAUACUUUAAAAAUAUACAGUUUUUUGUGUCUCCUGAAAACCUACUGGUAUAACAUACAUCCUUUUGAACUGACAGCGAAGAUAGAUCAUAAAUUAUUGCUCAUCUCUUCAUAAGAAAACUGGGGGCGUGGCCGAUGUAUCUAACAGCCUAUUUUGAACCCUGUCACCCAAAGCAUAGAUCACAAUUCAGGGUGACACUGUAGCUUAUUUGUUGUUACGUUAUAAAUGUUUAAAUGUAUUAUGCACGUAGAAUUAUAACGCCUAGAAACCGAGUAAGCGCUAGAAAAGUGAGGCACGAGACCACUGCUUUAGUUUUUCCCAUGCGUUCUGACGGUUGACUAAGUCAACUAGUGAAAACGUAUGUUUAGAUGACCUACAUUGACUUGUCUCACCAAACUCAUUGACAGGGGGGCGCUAGCAUCGUUCAACUACAUAGUUUCUAACAUGGCAAAAAUCGGAACCAACGAUCCGGUAUUGACGGUGGCGCUCCGCUGUCAAUGUCAUGGAUAGGACAGUUCAGUAUUUCGGAACUAUAAGAUAACUUGGUGACUUAUGAUUUUUGUCUCACUUUAGACGAAGCGCUCGUAAAAAAACUCCAUCUAGGUGUUAUUUAACUAAGAUUAUGCACUUAUAUGUUAUAUGUGUAGUCAAAAUGGCUCUAAUAGUAAACGUAGGUUCCGUAGGACACUUUAGACUCUGUCUAUGAUAAUGAGAAAGGUCAUAGACCAUAGACAAUUUGCUUUAACAAUUGCACCGCGAUGAAAUGACAAUCAUAGACUACCAAAAAGAAGAUAUUUGCCACCGUAUUUUGAAUCAUAGCAAGAUGUGUUGAGGUUUAUUAAUGAAACAUUUUACAUAGCUUACUAGCGGCCGCCCGUGACUUCGUACGCGUGGAUCCCGUUUUAUCCCCUUUAAAUUUUUCCUGAA